GGGAGCAUAGUAAGCAGCGGGCUGUGGACAGGGAGCAGCGCAGGGACGGACUGCCGGUGAAGGCGGCGGCUUGUGUUACUGUUGUGAAAACAUUUGUGAAGGUGUGUGAUUCAUUAUGCGGCGAGGGGAGCACGCUCCACUGGCUUUCCAAGCCCCGGUGGACGUCCAUGCCAGCGCAGACGGUCAGGUGUAUAUGUUCAAUGGGAGACAGAAUGACUCCUCUGUAUCCUCAGACGACGACGAGUUCAACGUCCUGGAGAUGAGACCGUUGGUUUCUCGAGAGCAGGGGCGAGACAGACUGAAGAAUGUCCAGCUGCUGGAGCGGAAGGUGGAGGAUGGCGACAAUCUCAACAAGCUCGCACUGCAAUACGGCUGCAAGGUGGCAGAUAUUAAGCGGGUGAACAACCUUAUGCAGGAGCAAGAUUUAUUUGCACUGACAUCCAUCAAAAUACCAGUACAGAAACACAGCGUUUUAACAGAGACUUACACUGACAAAAAUGAAGAAGAGAUGCCUCACUCAUCUGAUUCACCAGUAAAGUCUCUAGACAGAGCCAGAAACCAACCACCUGCACAGGAGGUCACAGACUUUCUCAUGGAGGUGGAUAAUGACAUUGAGAAACUCAUUCAGACUUCGAACAAUCAAGAUGAGGACAUGUUGUAUAACUCAGAGAAAGAGCAACGGUUUGGUUUCAGAGGACGGGGCCUGACCAGUCACGGAGCCGACUGGGGAAUCCAGUGGUGGAACGCUGUGGUUGCCAUGCUCCUGAUUGGCAUCAUCCUGCCAUUAUUUUAUGUCAUUUAUUUCAAGACGAAAGAUAAUGGAGUCGUUCCUCCAACAAAUAGCAAUGGUACUUUAGAGUCGUCCAUUACCUCUUCAAACAACUCAGGGACAGGGCUCAGCACAAAAGGAAUUAAGAAUUUUCAAGAACCAGGAUAGUGAAGACUAGAGUCUCAGACAACCAGAAACAUUUUAAGACUGUUGGUGACGAUCAAGAUAAAGCCCAAUCUAUCAUUGAUUUAGCGCAGUGUAAUAUCAGCUUUUAUCAAGUUAAAAAGAGUGAAUUUUACCUUUUUAUUAUGGUGUAACUGUGAAGAUGAAGACACUGGAAUCAUUACAUUGGAGUGAAGUUGCUCCAAGUUGUUUUCAUCCUACAUCCACGCAACUACAUUUUCGUUUGAAAAUUCAAUAAAUCUGCUACAGAUACGUUUAGAUCGGGUAAAAUAUGGUCCUGUUUUAGUUAGAAAUCUCAGGGGCUGCGUUUUAGUCUGGACUAACAGAAACGUAGAUGUUUGGAAACGAAGUCGUAGACACUCAUGACCGCCUGCCGAUUUGGUCACUUUGGUCAUAACGUAGCUUUUGUUGAUUUGUUUGGCUCCCAUCACAUGACCCCCUUCCGGAGGAAAAUACCGGCAUUAACCUUUACUAACAGAAAACGAGCUAUUAUGCAGCGUUACUUAUACCUCGGAGCUCCGCCCUCAGAAGGACGUCAUAUCCGAAUAACCCAAAUUUUGAUCGAUCCAGUUGCAAAGGCUCAGUGUUAACGUUUGCCGGCUAGCCAUUGUUAACGAAAGAAAUUCAUAAUAAAACAUUACUUGGCCUUUUACGCAUACUAACACUGUCGUAACACGUCCACAGUCAGUAAUUGGACAGUACUAUGUGUACGACAGAUUUAAUGACAGAAGUGCUUAUAAACAGUAUAAACUAAAGCUUUCACUAAUGUUAAUACACAAAGCGGCCAUCUUGGAUUCGAAGUCGGGGAGGUGAGCUUUCUCCGACCUUCCGAGUCGAAACAUCGACUUGAGGGGUCGUCCCAGUGUCGACUUCCAAGUCAGGGGUUUGUAAUUCCGAUCUCUGAGGUGUAGUAGAACGCGGCAUUAUUCUAACAGCCUCAUUUUUGUGACUGUGCAGGGCAGCAGCAUUUCAUCAAACAGCUUCUAUAGGUGUUUCAGGUGUUUUGCUAAAUUUGAGGUAUUAAAUGUGUCUUGAAGCUCCUCCACAUGUCUCAAUCUAAACAUUGUAAGGAAAACAUCUAGAGAUAAUAAAUCCACACUGUAGUUGUAUCUCUUUCUGUGUUAUCACAAGCUGCCUUUCCACCACUGUGUGUUAAAUGUCAUCAUAUCAGCGUCAGAUAUCAGGCGUAAAUAUGAUAUCUGUCAUGGCAGAGUAAUAUAUUUUUAAACUGAUCAAAUGGGAGAUUUAUUUUAUAUUUUAUAACGUUGUUCCCCUGUUGCAAAAACUGUGAGGUUAUGUUGUAUUUGACCUGGGUUCGAGCGUAGUGUGUGUGCCUUUUUUGGUUUAACUUAUUUUCAAUGUGUCAAAGUUUUUACUGAUUAGUUUUGACAUUGCACAAUGUGCCUUAUCUCUGGGUCUGAUGAUGCCAAACGUGUGUUUACAGCAGUAAUUAUUUGGUACAAUACAAUGUGUUUUAUUUAGAAAAUGACUUAUUCUUGUGAGUGUCUUAAACCUUUCUUGUUAUAUUUAUAUUGCACGCUCCUGUCAUUCAUUUGAGUUCCGUUGUCUUUAGAAGACUUGACACAAUGGAUGUGCAAGACUCUAUUUAUGAGAGUGGCUCUAUUUAAUAGAAACUUGGAGUCGGUUUACAGCAACAGCAGCUUUCAAACUGAUCACAGUAAAAUCAGCAGGUCUAUGAACAUUAGAAGUUACGAAGGGAAAUUUAUUGCAGGACUGUUAAAUGAGAUUGCAUUAGUUUUAGUUAGGUUGUUCCUAAUAAACUGGUCAUUGUAUGCGGUAAGAUAGUGUGUAUUGUGUCUUUAAAGUAUUUUCUAACAUUUUGUCUUUUUGAAAGAUAUGAUUAUUUUAGCACAUUUGCUUUUGUACAAUGAGAUUAUAGAUGCACAACUAAUGCGAUAAAAUCACUCAAUACAGAAAAUAAAUAACAAAAUAAACCUGUAUUCAUACCGA